AUGGGAAAACCAAUUGUUCUCCAGCUUGGCGACGAUAUCAAAUGGAACCAUGACCUCUACAAGGACUUCACCUCCAAGUUCGAGAUCCGCCGGUCAUACAGCAUACCGCGCGCUGAUUUCAUUCAAGCACUGAAAGAUAAGAAGUUUGGCGACUUCUUUGCCAUUUACCGCCCGUUCUGGAACACGGGCGGUGAGAUGGGCAACUGGGACAAGGAGCUGAUCUCGCUUCUGCCUUCGUCGUGCAAAGUUUACGCCAGCGCCGGAGCUGGUUUCGACUGGGUCGACACAGAGACACUCGCAAGCCGGGGAAUCGUGUACUGCAAUGCCGCCGCAGCAUGCACAGAAUCCGUCGCCGACGGCGCCAUCUGGCUCCUCCUCUCCACUUUCCGCCUCUUCUCUUGGUCCGCCGCCGCCGCCCGCUCUGGCGACCCCGACCAAUUCGUCGACGCCAACAAGAACCUCGGCGCCGUCUCCCGGAACCCCAAUGGUUUCAGUCUAGGCAUCAUUGGCUUCGGCAGGAUUGGCCGUCGCAUAGCCGAAAAGGCCCACAAGUCCUUCGAUAUGAAGAUUCUCUACAACGAUGUCGUGCGCAUGCCCGCCGAGCUCGAGAAGCCCUCAAGCGCGACGUUUUACAAGGACAUGAGCGACCUGCUGGCUACCGCUGACUGUGUCCUUGUGGCGACGCCUUUUGCGGGCAAGACCCUCUUGGAUGCGGCUGCGAUCAGCAAGAUGAAGAAGGGCGCUAAGCUCAUCAAUAUUGCGCGUGGAAAGCUUAUUGAGGAGGAGCCCCUCGUCGCGGCAUUAAAGAGUGGCCACCUCUCUGCUGCGGGACUGGAUGUUCACUACAACGAGCCUCAUGUCAACAAGGAAUUGAUUAAGAUGAAGAACGUCGAGGUACUCUCACACAACGCUGGUGCUUCGCUGGAUGCGCACAUGGGCUUCGAAAGACUGGGCAUGGAAAACAUCAUCUCUUUUGCCAAAACAGGCAAGGCCGUCACGCCUGUCAACGCCCACUUAAUCAACAAGAGCCGCUUAUAA